AUGUUACAAAAUGAUAAAAAUGAAAUUAUGAAUUUAAAAAAUUAUUAUGAAAAUGAAAUUUUAAAUUUAAAAACUCAUUAUGAAAAUGAAACAUUAUAUUUAAAAAAUUAUCAUAAAUCUGAAAUUCUUAAAUUAGAAAAUAAUUAUAAUCAAAUACAAAAUAAUUAUAAUAUUGAAACAAAUAAUUUAAAUAAUAAAAUUUUUCUUUUAGAACAAAAAUUAAAAAAUCUAUCAAUAGAUUUAUUUUCAAAUAAUUUUAAAAAAAAUAUUGAAAAUUUAUCUAAUUUAUUAUAUAAAAAACAAUAUGAAGAAAAAUGUUUUCCACCUACAGAUCCAAAUAAAUUUAUGGAUAUGAUGAAUUUUUCUAAUUUAAAACUAUUUGUUUUAAUGUUUUUUAAUGCAUUUAAAUCUGAUAAUAAUCAAAGCUUAAAAUCUAUUGAAAAGCUUAAAAUUAGAAUAAUUAUAUCUAAUAUUUUAAAAAUUCUAUUUGUUUCUUCAAAUAAUGUUUCUCUUUUUAAAACUGGAUUAAUUUCAAUUAAUCAUCUUAAUAAUGCAUUAUCUAAUGAAUUACGUAAUAAUUUAAUUAGCUAUAAUAGUCGUAAAUUAGAAUGGAAAAAUAUUUCAGAUAUUUUAUCACUUUCAACUGAAUCUUUAAUAGAAUCUUUAUCAGUUCAUAUGUAUGAUG